AUGGUUAAGCCAAUUCUUGCCAUUUUCCUGUUCCAAACAGUAUUCAGUAUUCCAUUGAAUCGCUCGGAUAUUCUCGACAAUGAUCAUGUCCAGCUGAUGCCAUUGGAAAGAGACGGUGAAAUAAACGAGAAGUUCCGCCAGGAAAUGAUAUUCUCACAUAAUCUGGACACUACGGACACUAAACAACUUUCUGACAGUAUUAGGGAAAUGUUCAAAAUGUAUUUAAAAAUAUUUUCUUCAAUUUUCUAUGAAUAUAUAUUUAGAACGGACAAAAAUGAAGAUGGAUAUUUGACUACAGAAGAGCUGAAAAGCCAGAUUCGAAAAAAUAUGGAGGACCAUCUGGAGAGAAGUAAAAACGAUUCAGAUGCGUUUUUCGAAAUUAUUGAUCUCAAUAAAGAUGGAUGGGUCACUUGGGAGGAGUUUGAGCCACAUUUCGAUAAUAUGCAUAGAAGCGACCACGAUGAGAAUGAACUGUUGCAAGAUCAUACAGAAGAUCCGCAUCGCGUAGAGGACGAGAAACGAAUGUUCAAUCGUUCGGAUAUCACAAGAGAUGGGCGAUUGGAUAAAAUGGAAUGGCACAUAUUUCUGCAUCCUGAAUAUUCUUCACAGGGUCUGGUGGAAAUUGUCAAUGACCUUAUUGAUGUUUAUGAUAAAAACAACGACCGAGAAAUUUCUCAGGAAGAGUUCGUCCAUGGUAUUCCUGGUAGUAUUGAUGAGUCGAACCCAGAAUUCGAGAAAAUGGAGGAAGAAGAAACGAAAAGGAGAGUGGCAGAGUUUACCACUGAAAUUGAUCAAGAUUCAAAUGGCAAAGCUUCGUUCCGCGAGCUAUAUGAAUAUGUCGAUCCACAAAACUUCCGACGCGCUUCAAAGGAAGUUAAUGAAAUUAUGAUGCUCACGGAUACCGACAACGAUGGGAAGGUUUCACUUGAAGAACUACUUGAACGUGAUUGGUUGCUUGCUCGAUCAAGCCUCCUUUCCGCGCGAAACGGCCUGCAUGACGAAAUGUGA